GCUGAGGCAGGCCGACAGGUGCGCCGGGGGAGCCAAGAAAGUGUGGAACUACAGUUGAUCAGGAUGGGGGCUGCUCAGCAAAUAAAGCCGCCGUCCCCUGCUGUGAGGCUUUGCUUUUAACUCCAGGUGACACUAGGUUUAGAGGGUUUCCGGCCGGAGGCCAUUAUAUGGGGCACCCGGAAGGCGGAAGUGCUAGAACGGAAGUGGCGGAGAGGAACGGAGAAUGGCGGCGGAAGGAUGCAUUUGGCGCUGGGGCUGGGGCCGGCGGUGCCCGGGGAGGCCUGGGCUUCCCGGCCCCGGCCCUGGCCCCACGACACCUCUACUUCUUAUCCUGUUGCUGGGGUCGGUGGCUGCGGAUAUAACUGACGGCAACAGUGAGCACCUCAAGCGGGAGCAUUCGCUUAUUAAGCCCUACCAAGGGGUCGGUUCCAGCUCCAUGCCCCUCUGGGACUUCCAAGGCAGCACUAUACUCACCAGCCAGUACGUGCGUCUGACCCCUGAUGAGCGCAGCAAAGAAGGCUCUAUCUGGAAUCACCAGCCUUGCUUCCUCAAGGACUGGGAGAUGCACGUCCACUUCAAAGUGCAUGGCGCCGGGAAGAAGAAUCUCCAUGGAGACGGCAUCGCCCUGUGGUACACUCGGGACCGCCUUGUGCACGGGCCUGUUUUUGGAAGCAAAGACAACUUCCACGGGUUAGCCAUUUUCCUGGACACGUACCCCAACGAUGAGACCACGGAGCGUGUGUUCCCGUACAUCUCGGUGAUGGUGAACAAUGGCUCCCUGUCCUACGACCACAGCAAGGACGGCCGCUGGACUGAGCUGGCGGGCUGCACGGCUGACUUCCGCAACCGUGACCACGACACCUUUCUGGCUGUGCGCUACUCCCGUGGCCGCCUGACGGUGAUGACUGACUUGGAGGACAAGAACGAGUGGAAGAACUGCAUUGACAUCACUGGAGUGCGCCUUCCCACCGGCUACUACUUUGGGGCCUCGGCCGGCACCGGCGACCUGUCUGACAAUCACGACAUCAUCUCCAUGAAGCUGUUCCAGCUGAUGGUAGAACACACCCCUGAUGAGGACAACAUCGACUGGACCAAGAUUGAGCCCAGCGUCAAUUUCCUCAAGUCGCCCAAAGACAACGUGGACGACCCGACGGGGAACUUCCGCAGCGGGCCCCUGACGGGGUGGCGGGUGUUCCUGCUGCUGCUGUGCGCACUCCUGGGCAUCAUCGUGUGCGCCGUGGUGGGGGCCGUGGUGUUCCAGAGGCGGCAGGAGCGCAACAAGCGUUUCUACUGAGUGGCCGGCGCCUGGCUCAGAGGGGCCCUGCUUUCCUCCGGCACUAAUGUGAACUUUUUUUUUUUUUUACUGACAUUGUAAAAGAAAAACAAGAUGAUCUUAUUUCUUAACAGUUUCAAAGAAAUAAUUAAAGUAUUUUCGUACAUUUUGCUUCUUACCCAGCAGGGACAGGCUGCAGGGCCAGGGAUUAGGGUUUGGCGUCCCCCCUCUGGAGACAGAGGCCCCUGCCUGUGGCUAGCACCUUGGGAGCAGGCUUUGCCCUGGAGCUGGGCUGGCAGGUGGCUGCUGAACACUGGAGGCUCCCGGCUGCAUGGGUGGGUGCCUGAGGACAUGAGCAGUGGUUUUGUUCUGUGCCCCUCACGGCAGAAGAGGUCGAGUAGGGAACCGAGGCUGUGUGUCCGCCUCUGCGUUCCCCAAGGCAGACCCUCCAGUGAGGCUGGAGCAGCAGUUUGGUGGGGCCCGAGUGAGGCUGUUCACUGAAUAAAGUGAGAUAACCACCCUCA